UUGCGCAAACACAGUGCAUCUCCUUCGUUUCUCUCUCACCGACUCGUUCCUUCCCAGCCGUCGCCUGCCUUAAAUAUUAUUAAUCGAUCACAGAACCGAAAAUAAUAUCAGCGUCUCCGGUGAAAUUCUCCUAACCCUGAUAAUUCAGGUGAAUUCGCAAGAGCUUUUCAAUCAUGCCAGCUUUGACAUGUAACGCUUGCAACAAAGAAUUCAACGACGAUGCAGAGCAAAAGCUUCAUUACAAAUCCGAGUGGCACCGAUACAAUCUCAAGCGCAAGGUGGCUGGUGUCCCUGGGGUGACAGAAGCACUGUUCCUGGCUAGACAAUCUGCAGUUGCUAAGGAUAAAUCAAAUGAAACCCCCAUGCUCUAUAGUUGUGGCCUUUGUGGAAAAAAUUAUAAAAGUUCUAAGGCUCAUGCUGAGCAUCUCAAGUCCCGUGGCCAUUUGAUGCGGGCAUCUCAAGGAAGUAGUCAUUCAGAUGACAAGGCAAUAGUCAAACCACUAUCACAACGUGUAAUGAAUAGACCUCCUCCCAGAAGAGAUGCAGACAAUGAUGAAAGUGAAGGAAGUGAAGAUGAAUGGGAGGAGGUUGAUCCUGAGGAUCCUUUGACUAAUGAUGCUUCAACGUCCAUGAGUGGUUUGAAUGUGAAUGAGCAUGAUGACAAUGUUGAUAUGGAUGAAGAUGAUGAUUAUGGGGAUUUGGAUCCAUCAUGCUGUUUUAUGUGUGAUCAAAAGCAUGAUACUAUAGAAAGUUGCAUUGUUCACCUGCACAAGCAGCAUGGAUUCUUCAUUCCAGAUGUUGAGUAUUUAAAGGAUCCAAAAGGCCUGCUUACCUAUCUAGGCCUUAAGGUCAUGAGGGAUUAUAUGUGUCUUUACUGCAAUGAUAGAUGCCAGCCUUUCAGCAGCCUGGAAGCAGUUAGGAAGCACAUGGCAGCCAAAAGUCACUGUAAAGUGCAUUAUGGUGAUGGCGAUGAUGACGAGGAAGUGGAGUUGGAAGAAUUCUAUGAUUAUAGCAGCAGUUAUGUGGAUGAGCAAGGGAAGCAACUAGUUCCAUCGGGUGAUGCAGCCAACAAUGUUGAACUGGGCCGCGGUGGAUCAGAGCUUGUAAUCACUAAGAAAUCAAAUGAUGGAAUAUCAACUAAAACACUUGGUUCUCGUGAAUUUUUGCGUUAUUAUCGUCAGAAACCCCGCCCAUCAUCCUCAAACAGCAUCGCUGUUGCUGCUGCAUUGGCUUCAAGUUACAGGAGCAUGGGCUUGGCCACAGUGCAAUCAAGGGAGCAUAUGGUGAGGUUGAAAGUGCUGAAGGAAAUGAAUAGGUCUGGUGUGGAAAGCAUGCGUUCUAAAAUAGGGAUGAAAAGUAACGUCAUCCGUAACUUGCCAAAGAAUGUCCCAUAUUAGUCCCCUGCCUCCGAUAUUGAUUUUGCCCCCUUCUGUUUAUUUAGUUUCAACUGUGUAACUAUUGAGUUUUGAGCUUGAUUUCUAAAGUAAUUUGAGGUUUUGGCUCCCCCUGAACAUCUGGCAUCAGCAUUUGUGGGUGUAUGCUUUGAUGAAAUGGCAUUACGUUUACCUAUUGGAA